UAAUCCGCUCCCAUAUAAAAGACGUUCCGAAUUUCAGUUUUCAUUAAGAGGAAGAGCAAACUGCCAUACCAAUGACUAACAGAAACAAGAAGGAAGCAAAAGGAGACAAAAUCUCACUGCAAAAUGGGAGGUCUGGUCUAGACUUUGAUUUGAUCAGCGAUCUACCUGAGGAUAUUUGCAAUGCCAUCCUUUUGCGUUUGUCAAUAACAGACGCAGUAAAAGCAAGUAUCCUGUCGAGGAAAUGGAGGUACAGAUCGGCUUCCAUUCCACAUCUUGUGUUUGAUAAAGAUUGGAUCCUGCCAAAAAACCAAGAGGUUGUGGACAUUGUCAAUAGAGUCCUCUCAGUCCACAAAGGCCCGGUUCACAAGUUUGUCUGCUCUGAUCACUUCUUGCCACUCGAUCAAUGCGGUCAUGAUAUUGACCAAUGGAUGCUUUUCCUAUCAGAGCAUGGGAUUGAGCAACUCACCCUUGGACCUUUUAUGCAUGGUAAUUGGUACGUAAUGCACUCAUGUCUCUUCUCUUGUCUGGAACUGACCGAUCUAGAUCUAGCUAGUUGUGAAAUCAAUAUACCUCCUGCAUUUGAAGGGUUCCGCCAUCUUAGGAACCUCAAACUUUGCGACAUUAUUCUUAGUGAUGAUGAACUAGAACAGUUGAUUUCAAAGUGCCUGCUUCUGGAGACAUUGACAUUGGAUUGUAUACGUCUUGCGAUUCGUUUUAAAAUCAAUGCUCCGAAUCUUCGUUACCUGUGCCUUAAAAUCGAAUUCACAUCGAGUGCCUUUGAUAACGAGUAUUUCCAGCAAGGAGGAAUUUGCAAUUUGAUCAAGGCUUUUGGUAGUCUACAUCAUAUUGAGAAGAUGACACUCCAUGAUGAAACUCUACAGUUUUUAAGAGUGGGCAAUAUACCAGAUGUACUUCCCGCUUCAUUUCUUCAUUUGAAGAAUCUUUCGAUGGCCGUAUCUUUCAUGGAUUCGAAGGAGGUUUUCGCCACUUUCUGCAUGUUGAGAAGCUCCCCUAACUUAGAAGAGCUUGAGAUUCUCAUUACAAAAAGGGGAAUAGAACUUCACAACCCACCACUUGCGGUCUUCUGGGAAGCACAAGAACGUUUGGGUUGCUUGCUAAAUCAUCUCCAAACUGUGAAGAUGACUGGAAUCAAGGGUAAGGAAUGCGAAUUAUCUUUCAUAAGGUUUGUACUUGCAAAUGCUCCAGUGCUCGGGAUUAUGAGUAUUGAUAUAAAAAUGGAGAUUACGAUGGUUGAAAAAUUAAGGUUUCUUCAAGAUAUGCUGCAACUCCGAAGAGCUUCCACGCAAGCCAUUAUCAGAUGCGAAGGGGAAAGUAUUUGAAGGUGCGUUUGGCUUGGCCAGCAAGAAAAAUAAUUCAUGACUUUUGGGAUUUCAACUGUUAAUAGAAUUCCUAAGAAUCAUGUUAUAGUACUCGUGAGAUACAAAACAGUUUUUUCUUUCCACUGCAUAAUGCAAAACAGGUUCAUUUCACAAAAUUCAGAAAUUCUCCCGGCGUGUUUGGAUUCA